AUGAAGUCCGCGCUUCAAUCAGCCCUUAUCACUACCCUUCUCCUAGCGAGCGCACACAGCAAGCCCAUUGUCCCACAAAUUACUGUUUCCUUGGCGAAUGAUCAGACUGGCACGAGUGCCCAAGCAACGGUACUGGCCAACGGCAGUGUCUUCACGAUACCAGAACUGUUUGCCCACACCAACAUCGACAACGCCAACAGGGUCGUGGCUUCCAGUGCGCAGCUCACCAGCUUUGUCGAAGGCGUCUUCUGUGUCUUCCGGGAGAACGAUCGUACCAUUGCCAUCAACAACAAGCAGACUUUCAUUUUUUUUGACAGCGAUCACCCGCGGGCUCUGGUAGACCUCAAUGAUGUUACCUUUCAGUGUGAGAUCUAG